AAGAAGGCAGCAGAACACAGUGACAACCCCAAACCCCGGAAGAAGAUACCAAUUCCUCCCUUACCGUCUAAACUACCACCGGUCAAUCUGCUUCACCGGGACAUUGUACGGGCCUGGUGCCAGCAAUUAAAGCUAAGUAGCAAAGGCCAGAAAUUGGACACAUAUAGGCGAUUGUGUGAGUAUGUGUAUCCAAAUCAAAAGGAUAUUCCUUGCACAGCCAAGGAGGCCAAGAUCCGGGUAUCAUUACAAAGAAAAUCAAAUGUGGACAAGAAGAAAAUGUCCCUGAAAAUUUCAGAGCAAAGGAUGUGUUGUGAGGGGACUGAUCUUCCUGCAGUAGGUCCUCCCCCCAAGGAGGGCUUGCCUGUCCUAGAGUCUGCCUCUCUUCUUGAGGGAGUUAAUACGGUUGUGGUGACAACUUCUGCCCCGGAGGCUUUGUUGGCUUCCUGGGCCAGAACUGCAGCAAGGGCCGGGUCAUCCACGGAGACAGUGGAAUCUCCCCAGGAGAACUGUGAUGUCAGGUGGUGUGUGGUCCAUGGGAGAAGUCUCCCUGCAGACACAGAUGGUUGGGUUCACCUCCAGUUUCAUGCUGGACAGGCCUGGGUUCCUGAAAAGCAGGGAGGGAGAGUGAGUGCACUCUUCUUGCUUCCUGCCUGCAGUUUUCCACCCCCACAUCUUGAAGACAACAUGUUGUGUCCCACGUGUGUUCACAGGAACAAGGUCUUAGUAAAAAGUCUCCAGUGGGAGUAGAAUACCAGGAAAAAGGACAUAUCUGUGAUUGUAAAUUAAUGGCAGAAAGCUUGACAGUUGAUUCCAUGGUGCCCUGACGGCUGAACUAUGGUCCUCUCCGUACCUGCUCACGGGCCAUGCGGACUGGUCGGGUGAGAUGU